UUUUGACCGGAGGUAAUACUCAUUCCAGGAGAGCCAAGAUCGCCGACAACCACGGACCAUGGGCAACGACCAGUCGCAGGACCGAAGCUCGCGCCAGGCGUCGACGCGUGGCAGCGCUCUGCGCAUGGACCACUACCCCGGCGUACCCUUCGUCGUAUGGGACGGCGAGCACCACUUUGCCGAGCCUUCGAGCUACAAGUACAGCGGGACGGGCAGCCAGGUGCUUGGCCACCCCGUCUUUGUGAAUCCACCCAAGGCCGACACGGAGCUGCGCAACGUGGCCGAGCUCAGUGGCAACAUUGCGGUCGUCGAGCGUGGUGGCCGCGUCCACUUUCCCGACAUCAUGCGGCGCCUCCUCAAAGCCGGCAUCACAGGUUGCGUCUUUGUCGAGCGCGAAGAGUACAAGGGUCCGUCCAUGCUCUUCGAGGGCUUCCACUCGUCCGGGCGGCAGUCAGUCGACAUACCGAUCGUGCGGCUUUCUAAGUUCCACGCCGACCAGUUCCUGCGCAAGAAGCCGGCGCAGAUUGCAUUUGUCUUCGUGUCGGGAACAGCUGCGCUCGAGAAGCUCGUCGGUGACGAUCUCCCGUCGGCAGCGUCCACUGCCUGCCGUCUCGGCGAAGGUCUGAUCUUGCGGUCGCUGCUCCAGACAUGCAGCUCCCAGGCGAUCCAGACGACGGCGUGGGCCAAUGCGCUUUGCGACGCGGCUGAGAACGGCCACGUCGAUUGCAUCGAGGCGCUGCACGCGGUCGGCGUCUCUUUGGACGACCACAAGCCCAACGGCACAACGCCGCUCAUGGUCGCGUGCUCGGCCGGCAACGUGGAGGUGGCGCGGGCGCUGGUCACGUUUGGUGCCUCGAUCGACGCCGAGGACGUCCACGACAACUCGGCGCUCAUGAUUGCGGCGCGGGACGGCGCCGAGGCGUGCGUGCGCUACUUGAUUCGGAAAGGCGCUUGUAUCAAUCUUUCGCGGAACCGGAAACGCGGCACGACCGCCUUGCACAUGGCGGCGCGUAGCGGCAAAGUUGACUGCCUCGUCGCACUCAUCGAAGCGAAAGCCGACCUCGAUAUCCCCAGCCCGAGCUCGACGACGGCGCUCAUGGAGGCGGCGCGGGCAGGGCACUUGAGCAUUGUCAAGAUCCUCGCCGACGCCGGCGCCCAGCUCGACUGCAAAGAUGUUGGCGCCCGUCCGCGAUGGAAAAACGCCGAAGCUAUCGCGACCGCCGCCGGCUUUCAAGAGAUUGAAGAUUACCUGCGCCAACGGGCCGAAAGCGACUCGGUCAAGGACCAGCGCAAGCAAAUCGAAGAUGCCAUCGACCGGCCCGAGUUUACGCUGCGCGCGCUGCUCGAGCUUGCUGACGAGGCGGGCAUCGACGUCGACAUCCUCAAGCGCGAAGUGUUGCGCAAUCCCAAGAUCAUGCGCUGGCUCACGUCGCCCAACGUUGUCUUUGACAUGUUCAAGCACCUGACUGCGCCGCCGUCCAUGAACCUCGACCCGGUCUACGGUGCGUACAAAAUGCAGCACUUUUGCUGCGAGAUCGCUUUGUGGUACGACCGCAAGAUCUUCGAGCGGCAGGGCGCAGUCGAUGCUGACGUCUGCGUCGCGUACUUCAAGGUCCUCUUCAACUUUCUCUGCAAGAGCGGGUCCCUCGACGACGUCCUCGUCGUGCUCUUCUGCAAGGUUGUCAACACCUACGUGAACGACCGCGGCCUCGGUCCGAGCAUUCUCCUCUUCUUCUCGCGCGAAGCAAGCCACAUCGUGCCCUGGGUUGUGUGCCACGUCGGCCUCGACUCGAUUCGGGACUCGCUCGUCUGGAUCCUGUACUCGGACCUCUCCGAGACGGGGCAGCUCCACUUGGCUCAGAGCGGCCUCUUUGGGUGCAUGCUCGACCGGCUCUGCUCGUGGCAGCGCACGCUGAGCUGGGGCGUCGGCACGGCGUACCAGCGCGACUCGGUCGAGAACAUCUGCGCGCUCCUCAAGUACAUUCUUUUCCCGCCGUCCGUGUACGUCAUUGGCAACGUCGCGACGUUCGUCGAGAAUACGGACUUUACGCUGCCGCUCAUCACGGACCGAAGCCCUGCUGGCCGCCAAAACGAGCUCCUCCGGUCGCUCCUCGGGCACCUCGUCAUGGCGGAGACGGUGUUUGCCGUCUUCUUGUCACUCGGCCUCGCCGAGCUCUCGCGCCAGAUCAAGCUCCCGUGCGCGUACGUGCUGCAGGAUGGCGGCGCUCUCUCCGUGCUUCUCAUGCUCAUGAGCACGCUCGGGUACCACAAGAAGAAGCGCGAUGUCGCAUCCGUCGAGGGCCUUCUCCGCGACUGCCAAAAGGCGCUUGUCGACGUCGUCGUGCCCCGGGUCGGCCGCUUUGUGCACCUUUGCCACGACGUGGUGACGCGCAAGGCGGCUGCGCCCCGGGGCAACGCGCUGCUGUGCGUUGUGACGUUCCUCAAGCGCUGCAUCUUUAUGCAGCACGGAGCGUUGAAUGCCGCCCUCGCCCAGGCCGGGUGCAUGCCGGCGCUCAUGGCGUGCUUUGCCGCAAGCCCGAGCAACUCGAUGCUGCACCACGAGGUCACCGACGUCAUUCGCUUCGUGCUUUUGGACCCGGACCAGAAGCGACUGCCAUCGUGCCCGCUGUUAAACAGCCUCUUUUUGCCGUCAAGCAGCAUCCUCGAGCUCGUCAUUACAUCGUACCACGGCCACGUCCAGUACAAGGGCCACAUGACGACGAUCGCCAACAGCAUCUUUACCCUCAUCAAUACGCCCGUGCAAAAGGACCAGGCCGGCGUCACGUGCCAAGAGGUGGUUCGACAGUACACGGCGACCAACGAGGCGUGGGUUCGUUUCGAAGCUGUUGUUGGCCGGCAAAACUCGGUCGAGAUGGCGCCUCUCGGCCAGCGCCAUGCACCACUCUGCUCGGGUUGCGUCAACCUCAAGGAGACGGCGGCACAGUACGUGGCCGAAACGCUCGGGAGCCACGUGUACAUGUCUGGUUACGUCGAGACGAUCUUUUCGGGCGCCGCAACGCACCACUGCAAGGUCAACACGACGGAGGACUUUAUCACGGGGUUUCUCUACAAGAAAGACAAGAUCCACGACCACAUCCCCGUGCCCGAGCCAACGCGCGCGUCGUCGUUCAUUCAGUUUCCAGUGCCAAUGCCGUUCCACGCGCUCACGUUUACGCUCACGUUUGUGGGCCUCUGCCGCAAGUGCGACAAGCUCUGGUACUGCGAUACGCUCCAGAGCGGCACGACCAACUGGACGACGCGCAUGAAGUGGGUCAUCCCGACGUCCGUGCGCAAGUGGUACUCGUUUGGCGGCGCGGCGGCCGGGCCUGGCAGCGGCGCCCACGGCCUCGUCUUCUCGACCAAAGGCUACAAGAACUUUCUCGUGCUCACCGACACGUGGGGUCGCCAGGAGCAGUGGAUCCACGCGAUCGAGGACGCGGUGAUUGGGCUCCAGUCGCGCGCGCAGGUGCAGUCGAGUGCGAACGCGCUUGCGAUCGAGAUCGACAACGAAGCCGACAACAGCAACAUCAUGACGUCACAGGACGUCCGGCCGGUCGUGAGCCCGCCCCGAAAGCGCUCCAACACGACCACGUCGACCAAGACGACGGGGGAGCUGGACCUCAAGAUGUUCCAGCGCGGGUGCCAAGUCGACAACCUCGCGAAAGCCAAGGGACUGCGGCUGCCGCCUCGCUUCCAAACGGACCCAAAGGAGACGCCGCUCAUGAGCCUCAAGGCGCUCGGCAAAGACAACAAAAUUGGCAUGCGCCACGUAGCGUCGACGCCCAACCUCGCGUCGUUCGCCAAGUCGUCGUAUUAGCUCCAUGUACAAUGCAUCCGC